CAUUCAACGUCAACCCAAUUAAAAUGCUCCCAGACCAUAAGUUUGCUGUUUGCCCCUUCAGAUCUUUCUUAUUAAAGUGUCCCCGAUCCCGAGUCUUGCAUGUACAUAACAAUCAACCCUUUUGCCAUUGCUCUCAUCAAUCAUACGUACACUAGCUACUAACUCUACUUGCAGACAUGAAACCCUCUGUUUCCAUUUUCAUUGUGGUCCUAGCAUGUAUCUUCUUGUAUGGAACAUAUUUGGAAAGUGCCGCUCACUUUGUGUCUGCAUCUGAACCAUCGGCACUACUACGACUACAAGCAAAGGCUCUGCUGGAGAGUGGGUGGUGGGGAAGUGCCAUCACCAGCAACACCUCAAAUCCUCCUUGUAAAUGGUAUGGUAUUACUUGCAACGCUGAUGGAAGCGUCACUCAGAUUGAAAUAGCUGAUCAGCUCCGUGCACCAGAUAAGUUAAAACUCAACUUCUCUUCCCUCCCUAAUUUAGUUCACCUUGAUCUGUCCUUUAAUAAUCUUCAUGGGAAUAUUCCACUUGAGAUAGGUACUCUCUCAAAACUCGCCUACCUUGAUCUAUCUUACAAUAAUCUAACAGGUAAGUUACCUCUUUCUCUUGCCAACCUCACCCACUUAGUUUCGUUUUACAUCUCUGAUAAUCUAAUCAUUGGACCAAUCCCUUCAUCUCUUUGGCUUUUAACCAAUCUCACCUCUCUGGAUAUGAGUUUUAAUCAAAUCAAUGGUUUUAUGGCCUCAGAAAUAGGGAUGCUAAAAAAUCUUGUCUUUUUCGGCCUAAGUGGUAACAUGCUCAUUGGUCCAAUCCCAUUUACUCUGGGCCAUCUAAAUCAGUUGGAAUAUUUGCUCCUCAGCCAUAAUCUAAUUGACGGUUCCAUUCCCCCAGAAAUAGGCAAUAUGGAGAAUCUGAAAUAUUUGUCCCUCGAGAAUAACAACUUUAGUAGUCCAAUCCCUUCUACUCUAGGCCAUCUAACUCAUUUGGAAUAUUUGUCCCUUAGCAACAAUCGAAUUGAUGGUUUUAUUCCCCCAGAAAUAGGCAAUAUGGAGAAUCUGAUAAAUUUGUCCCUCAAGAAUAACAGCCUUAGUGGCUCAAUCCCUUCUACUCUGGGCCAUCUAACUAAUUUGGAAUAUUUGUCCCUCAGCAACAAUCGAAUUGAUGGUUCCAUUCCCCCAGAAAUAGGCAAUUUGAAGAAUUUGACUUAUUUGUCCCUCGAGAAUAACAGCUUUAGUGGUUCAAUCCCUUCUACUCUGGGCCAUCUAACUCAUUUGGAAUAUUUGUCUCUCAGCAACAAUCAAAUUGAUGGUUCCAUUCCCCCAGAAAUAGGUAAUAUGGAGAAUCUGAGAAAUUUGUCCCUCGAGAAUAACAACCUUAGUGGUUAUGUCCCAGGAGAAAUGGGGAAUUUGAAGAACCUAAUCUAUCUCACUCUCGAAUCUAACAAUCUCAUUGGCUCAAUUCCUACUCAGCUAACCAGUUGCUCUUUGCUGGAGUACAUGCUAUUGAGCAACAACUCCUUAAGUGGAACCAUUCCCUAUCAGAUCCAAGACCUUCAUUUGUUGUCUACUAUAAACCUUAGUCAUAACUUUAUUAGUGGAAAAAUACCUCUUGAACUAUGGGGUUUAGCAAUUUUAGUGGUCUUGGAUCUUAGCUACAAUAAUCUUUCAGGCAGCAUACCCCAAUCUUUCACUUCUGUAACAAAUAUCAACUUGUCAUACAAUUCUUUGGUGGGUCAAAUACCAAACAAUUAUCAAUUUUAUAGAUAUGACACGUUAAUUGGCAACAAGGAUUUAUGCGGUGACUACGUGGGUUUCCGCAAUUGCCUUCCAUUUUACCCUCCUUCCCUUCCACUUUCUCCUCCUUCCCUCUCACAUCCCCUAGCCAGUAACAAAUCAGUUAUACCCAAAGUAAAAAUCAUUGCACCCAUCAGCAUUUUCCUUGGAUUGUUAGUCUUUGGGGGUUUUUGUUUUUUCCUGUCUAAACGUGCAGUCAACAAAACCCAAUCUAUCUCCACGGAAAGAAAGAAUGGAAACUUGUUCUCGAUAUGGAAUUAUGAUGGAAAGAUUGCAUAUGAAGACAUCAUUCAAGCGGUUGAGGACUUUGACAUUAAGUAUUGUAUUGGGACAGGUGGUUAUGGUAGUGUUUACAAAGCAGAACUACCAAGUGGAAAAGUAGUUGCCUUGAAGAAGCUUCAUCACUUAGAGGCUGAGAAUCCAGCUUUUGAUAAGAGUUUCAAGAACGAGAUAAAGGUGUUAACAGAGAUCAAGCAUAGAAACAUUAUAAAGCUUUAUGGGUUUUGUUUGCAUAAGCGAUGUAUGUUUUUGGUUUAUGAGUACAUGGAAAAGGGAAGUUUGUUUUGUGUCCUAAAUGACGACAUUGAAGCUGUGGAAUUAGAUUGGAGCAAGAGGGUAAACAUCAUCAAAGGCACCGCACACGCCUUAUCUUACAUGCAUCACGAGUGCAUCCCUGCAAUUGUUCAUCGAGAUAUAUCAAGUAACAAUAUUCUAUUGAACAAUAAACUAGAGGCUUUUGUCUCUGACUUUGGCACAGCUAAACUUCUUGAUCCGAAUUCCUCCAAUCAAACAUUAGUUGCGGGAACUUACGGUUACAUUGCCCCAGAGUUGGCCUAUACCAUGAAAGUUACUGAAAAAUGCGAUGUUUAUAGCUUUGGAGUGAUGGCAUUGGAAAUAUUAAUGGGAAAACAUCCAACGGAACUCCUAACUUCAUUAUUAUCGUCGUCUUCUCAAAAUGUGAUGUUACAUGAAAUAUUAGACCAACGUCUACCACCUCCGAAUCAACUAGUUGCACAUGAUAUUAUCCUUAUUGCAACAAUAGCAUUUGCAUGUCUACACACCAAACCAAAGUUUCGGCCUAUAAUGAAAUGCGUGUCUCAAGAAUUUCUUUCUCGAAAGAAGCCAAUAGCCAAGCCUCUGCAUGCAUUUUCACUAUGGCACCUAAGGAACGAGAUGUAUGUGGUUGGAUCAGGGGAUGAAACUCAGUUAUGAAGUGCUUUUUGUUAAGUUGAAUAUCGUACUGUUUGAUGAACUUGUAUGAAUACAAAAUAUUGUGUACGAGGAUUGUAUUGCCAUAAAAAUUAUGUAACUUUAUUGGUUGUACCCA